AUGGCUACAUUAAUCCAGUCAUAUGAACAGCAAUAUUCAGUUCUCACGGCAGACAUUACAUCUAAAAUCGGACGUUUAAAAGCAGGCACGGAAGAGAACCGUGACCAGUUAUCAAGAGAAAUACAUGCCAAUUUUGAGGAGGCUAAUGAUUUGUUGGAGCAACUUGAGUUGGAAUCUCGUGGAGCAGGUGCUGGGUCACGUGUUGCAGCGUACCGAGCUGAACUACAGCGCGUCCGUAACGAGUAUCGCUCAGUCUCUACUAAUUCAGCUUCAUAUAACAUAGACACAGACGAAGUGUACGAUGAUUGGGGAGGCAAUGAACAGCAACGUAAGUUACUCGACAACACGGAGCGACUCGAGAGGACAGGCAAGAACCUUACGGAAGGGUAUAGGGUCAUACUUGAGACUGAACAGAUUGGUGCGGCUGUAUUGCAAGACCUGAGUGUUCAUAGAGAAAGUAUACAGCGGUCUAGAGGGAGGCUCCGUGAGACAGACGAGCAGUUGAACCGUUCCACGCGUCUGAUGAACACAAUGGUAAUGCGAGCACUCCAGGACCGCUUCGUGCUGAUUAUGGUAUUCCUCACGCUGGGAGCCAUGCUACUGGUAGGAGUAUAUUUCUCCUUGUCGUAG